CCCCAGUGACACAAUAGCAGCUCCCUCCAAGAUGGCGGCGGCGACGGCGGACCCGGGAGCUGGGAGCCCGCAGGCUGGAGACUCCUCCGGCGGAAGCGCUGGCGGCGGGCUGCCGUCCCCGGGAGAGCAGGAACUGAGCCGGCGCCUGCAGCGCCUGUACCCCGCGGUCAACCAGCACGAGACGCCGCUGCCGCGCUCCUGGAGCCCCAAGGACAAGUACAACUACAUCGGCCUCUCCCAGGGCAACCUCCGCGUCCACUACAAAGGUCAUGGCAAAAAUCACAAAGAUGCUGCCUCUGUACGUGCCACCCAUCCCAUACCUGCUGCCUGUGGCAUUUAUUACUUUGAGGUGAAGAUUGUAAGCAAAGGAAGAGAUGGGUACAUGGGAAUAGGACUCUCAGCUCAAGGCGUCAACAUGAACAGACUUCCUGGUUGGGAUAAACAUUCCUAUGGUUACCAUGGCGAUGAUGGGCAUUCCUUCUGCUCCUCGGGGACUGGCCAGCCAUAUGGUCCCACAUUUACCACAGGAGAUGUGAUUGGCUGCUGUGUCAACCUCAUCAACAGCACCUGCUUCUACACCAAGAAUGGCCACAGCCUUGGCACAGCCUUCACAGACCUCCCGGCCAACCUCUACCCCACCGUAGGCCUGCAGACACCUGGGGAGAUUGUGGACGCCAACUUUGGGCAGCAGCCCUUCCUGUUUGACAUUGAGGACUACAUGCGGGAGUGGCGUGCCAAGGUCCAGGGCACUGUCCACUGCUUCCCCAUCAGUGCCCGGCUUGGCGAGUGGCAGGCGGUGCUGCAGAACAUGGUCUCCUCUUACCUGGUGCAUCAUGGGUAUUGUGCCACAGCCACAGCUUUUGCCCGAAUGACAGAAACACCAAUUCAGGAAGAACAAGCAUCCAUAAAGAACAGACAAAAGAUCCAGAAGCUGGUGCUGGAGGGCCGUGUGGGUGAGGCCAUUGAGACCACCCAGCGCUUCUACCCAGGGCUGCUGGAGCACAAUCCCAACCUGCUCUUCAUGCUCAAGUGCCGUCAGUUUGUGGAGAUGGUGAAUGGGACCGACAGUGAGGUCCGCAGCUUGAGCUCUCGAAGCCCCAAGUCCCAGGACAGCUACCCUGGCUCCCCCAGCCUCAGCCCCCGCCAUGGCCCCAGUAGUUCCCACACGCACAACACAGGAGCAGACAGUCCCAGCUGCAGCAACGGCGUUGUGUCCACCAAGAGCAAACAGAACCACAGUAAAUAUGCGGCGCCCAGCUCCUCCUCCUCGUCCUCGUCCUCCUCGUCCUCCUCAUCCCCGUCCUCGGUCAAUUACUCCGAGUCCAACUCAGAUUCCACCAAGUCCCAGCCCCACAGCAGCACCAGUAACCAGGAGACCAGUGACAGUGAGAUGGAGAUGGAGGCAGAGCAUUACCCCAAUGGUAUGCUGGAAAGCAUGUCCACACGCAUCGUCAAUGGUGCCUAUAAGCAUGAGGACCUGCAGACAGAUGAGUCCAGCAUGGAUGAUGGGCAUCCUCGGCGGCAGCUCUGUGGGGGCAACCAGGCUGCCACAGAAAGGAUUAUCCUGUUUGGCCGUGAGUUGCAGGCACUGAGUGAGCAGCUGGGACGGGAGUAUGGCAAGAACUUGGCCCACACGGAGAUGCUGCAGGAUGCCUUUAGCCUGCUGGCAUACUCAGAUCCCUGGAGCUGUCCAGUUGGCCAGCAGCUUGACCCUAUCCAGAGGGAGCCUGUGUGUGCUGCCCUGAACAGCGCCAUUUUAGAGUCUCAGAACCUGCCAAAGCAGCCCCCUCUGAUGCUCGCCCUGGGCCAGGCGUCCGAAUGUCUACGGCUCAUGGCCCGAGCAGGCCUGGGAUCUUGCUCCUUUGCCAGAGUUGACGACUACUUGCACUAGCUGACCACGUUGGCUAGCCCCACCUGGCCCUUCCUCGGCCCCAGGGCUGGAGCAGCCCUGCCCUCCAUAGGCACCUGGCGAAGGGACCUGGAAGCCAUGGGUAGAGCCCACUCCUCCUGCCUGGCCUCACCCUCUUCCUUUCCUUUCUUCCUUUUUUUCUUUCCUUCCUUCCUUCCUUUUUCCAUGCCCUGUCUCUCUCCUCUCCCUGUGCAGCGGCCUAUGACACAGUAUUGGCUGGUUACUCUCAUGUAGCGCCUUCUACUUUGAAAGGGGGGUUUUGUUUUGAGGAGGGGUUGGGGUUUUUUAAUCUUUUUUUUUCCUCCUGACUGAGCCACCAGUAUUUAUCUCUGGAGAGUUUGUGCUGAGCUGGUUUCUGCUAAUUUAGUGAUGAAGCCUAUCCAAGUUGGUGAUAGCUUAUUAUUUUCAUAAGUAAAAAAAAAAAAUGAGAUUAUAUAUAUAAAUAUAUAUAUUAAAAAAAAGACACAGUAUUUAUCGUAGUGUUAGUGGUCCAGCAACUCUUGGGUAAGGCUGUCCAGACACCAUGUUUUUAUUUGAGAAUAAACUCAUUAAAAAAGAAUCAUCUCUGUCACCUCAGCCAAGUAAUGUGUUUAUUUCAGGCUUUGUCUUUGUUGAGCCACAGACCCAGCUGCCUUGGGAGGCCCAACAGGCUUUGGGGGCCACUUAGUAGGCAGGUCAGGCUAAGCUGGUUUGCAGUAGCUGAGAGGUAUGGGUCCCUAGAUCCGUGAGAGCUGAGCUGAGCAGAGAACUGCAGGGCUGAGGAUUCAGGGAAGGGAUGAAUUGGCCCAGGGCUACACAGGAAGGCAAGGGAGUAAAGGAUCUUGGCCAGCACACUAUCCACCUUUCUACCCUGCCUCUCACUGCCUGCCUUGCCCUUCUCUCUCUCCCCUUUUCAACAUCCUCCCUUUCCUUGUUGUUAAGAUGGCCAAAUAAUUAAUUUACUCAAAAUUGAUUCCCUGGACACUGCCUGCCUUCAACCCAAGAGCUGCUGUGUGUCAGGCUGUGGGGAGGAAUCUCCAUUCCCAGGACUUGAGUACAGGGGCUGCCUUUUUACUGCCUGGAUCUUCACCAUCUCUGCACAACUCUGAUGGAAUCGAUGCUUUCUGUUGAGAAGCCUGGACCUCUGGAGGCCAAUUUUUGGACUGCCCGUCAUUGGAGUGGAUGGAACCCUUGACUGCCUAGGCCAGGCAUUACUGCAACUGUGCUGGGCAGCUCCCUGCAGUUUGGCCCCAGCCACUCUUAGGAAAAACUGCUAUGAGUAUUUGCUGGCCGGAGGAAGGGACCUCAUGGGCUUUACAAAUGUCCCACCAGCUGUUUCAGAAGGGUCCUUGCAGCUGGUGGGGCAAAAAUAGUCCUGGUACUGCCAUCAGGGACUCAGGAGAGGAAGGGAUGAAAUGACUGCGAGGACUUGGGUGGGCCGUCCGUGGAGAGGACUGACUGCCCAUGAGGAGAAGAGGGAGAAGGCCUGCCCAGAGGAGCACCAGGAGAGGCUGGGAUUUCUCUACCUGCUUCACAGUGAGAGGGAGCACACAAGCAGGCCCUGAGAAUGGGCAAGGCCAGAAGUUGAACUUCCCUGCCCGGAUCUAGGCUGGGCAAGCUCCUGCUCUCCAUCAGUGGACACAGGAAUAGUUGAUACAGCCUGACAUAUUCAGUGCCUGCCAGGCCCACAGCUGGACAACAAGAAAAGUGAUUGAGUUGGACCAACUUCUGGUGAUGGGGUCUGUGCUCUUCCAGAGUUCUGCCUCUGGACAUGAUCGUAGAGGCUGCUGCUUUUUUGCUCAGCAGGCAGCCCACAGACCAUGGCCCACUAGGGAGGUAUUAUCUUGUCUGUAAAGGAAACUCAUCCUGUGCAAGGCUGAGGAUGUUUAGUUCUCAAACCUAGAGGUUGCAAACCUCAGGCUGUUAAAAUGGUCAGAGCCAGGGAAGAUUGGGAAUUAAAACCAGAGGCUUUUGCAGCUGGAAUGGGGUUCAGAGAACAUCUAUUCCACCAGUUUUCUUUUAUAGAUAAGGAAAUAGGCCCAGGAGAUUAAGUGACUUGGCCAAAGUCACACAGCAAAUUAGUGGCAAACCUGGGACUAACCUCAUCCCUGUGGGUUGGGCAACACUGUUUAGUACUGAAGCUGAACAGCAGGUGAGGGGUUUGGCUGGCGAGGCCUCCAGCAGUGUCUGAGCAACUGGUACCUUCAAGGGUGUGUCAGGGAUGGGGAUGGAUGCCUGGGCUUGGGUUGUGGAGCAGCUGAGAGAGGGCUCAGAAGGGCUCAGGACAGCAGUGUGCUGCUGGGGUUGGAGUCCGCCUGGCUCUCACUCAGUACCCAUGGCCACCUCCCCAUUUUCUGUGCCUUAUCUCACUGUUUCAGCUGAGUCCAAGUUGUUUACUGUGUUCCUCUUCAGAGGGGCUCUCUGUCCCAGUUGGACAGCUUACCUUCGGGACAUAAGCCUUUGCCCCACAAGCCGUGGAGAGGACCAAAACCAAGCUGCUUGAGCCCACUAUCUUGCUGAUAGUCCAGGCCUGCUUGCCACCCAGAGGAGCCCCUUAUGCAUACCCAGUCCUACCUGCCUGCUUCUGGAGCCGAAAGUGGGGAAGGCACCUGGGAGGGGCUCUGGGGAAGGACCAUAUGUGACCCAGGAGGACAGGAGGAAGACCUGGCUCUGUUGGGUUUUCCAGCCUUGGGGGAGCAGCCAGCCUUCCUUAUUUACCUUUUCCCUUUGUGCUACCAAAUGGUCGCUUCUUCCAGAGCGGAAACUGGCCAACCGUGCAAAGAAAGCCAGAACCCCUUAUCCACUCUCACUCAAUUGGUCUGUGGCUGGGUGCAGGCCAUCAGAACAGGGACACCAAGAGAUGGAGAAGUGGGGAUUGCCUGGCCACCCAGCACCUUCCUACUCCUUAUGCAAGCACAAAGAAGAAGAGGCAGAGAGCUGUCAGAGCUGCAAGUUCCUUUGGUUGCUCACAACUCAGGUAUGCACAUGGUGUGGCAGCCAGGCAGCAGAGCCCUGUUUGACCACCAGUCCCACUCGCCCGGACCUAUGGCCAGAUUGUGGACUCUGGCUGCCUCAGGCACCACCUCUUUGCAUAAGGGUUCCCUCCAUUCGUAACUACAGCUGAAACAGGCAUCCUCCACAUUGUGCACACUGGUUCUGCCUUUGUCCUCUCGCAAGUGGGUAACUUGGCAUUAGCAUGAAACUUGUGGGUGUGGGAGGGUUUAGAGAGAAUUCUAACACAAAACAUCCUAUUAAAUUGUACUUGAGAGAUAAAAAACUCCUGUUGUAUUUUGACAGAGUUAUUUUUAUUAAAAUACACAUCCAUGAGCAA